CCUUUUUCACACAAUCAUAAAGAUCAAAUACUUUUCACGAGACUCAAGUCAGCUGACAAAUUUUGACACUUCAUAAACGCAUGACUAAAAAUAAAGAAGUGCAAAUUUUUUAAGAGGAUAUGUUAAACCCACAUUAAAAUAUUUUUAUUAGCAACAAAAAGUCGGUGAGAAUAGGUACAUUUUAAAUCUUGGUGGAGAAUAGCCAACAAACAAAUGGUUCCUAAUAAAUGAUUUUAUCAAGGUUGACUUUAAGCUUAGGUUAAUAUAUAUGACAUUUUUGACAUUUAUUCUAUUUCUCGUUCCUAACCUCAAUUAGUUUGUUUUUUUGGUAUUAUUUUUUUUCUAAAAUAAUCCCAGGUUUAAUAUGUUUAAAGAUAGCUUCAAAUAUUACAAAUCAAAAAACCCAACUCCAGAUUUGACUAAGGUUUUAGACUUGAACAAAAUACCGCCUCUGGGCAAUAGUAAGUUUGGGAGAAUCAAUAUCCAAGAAGAAGCUUUAAAGACUUUUUUUGGGUUUAAACCCGUUAAAACUUGGGAAAUUUAUGAGAUUGUAGACAGACCAGGUCUACUUUUUAUUAAGAAUCCUUUUACAUCCAUGGGCCAGAGAUAUUGGACUGUCAGGUGUUUAAAUGAUUAUUCCAAAAAGCCUAACAAACUGAACAUAGACUCUAAAAUCAUACCUGAUAAUAAAGAUUGGUGGGAAAUGUGCCAAAAUAAUAAUAAUGUUCUUUUAUUAAAUAAAUUGAGAUGGGUGACUUUAGGUUACCAUCACAACUGGGAUACCAAAAUUUAUUCUGAAGAUAAAAAGGGGGAGUUUCCAAAAGAUCUAGCAGAAAUGGUCCACUUUGUAGCAGGUGUUCUGGGAUACACAAAUUUUGUAGCUGAGGCAGCCAUAGUAAAUUUUUAUCAUAUGGACUCCACAUUGUCUGGUCAUACUGAUCAUUCAGAACUCAAUUUAGAGGCCCCUUUAUUUUCCUUUAGUUUUGGACAGACUGCAAUAUUUUUGAUCGGUGGUAAAACUAAAGACGAAAUUGCUUUACCAAUAUUUUUACGCAGUGGAGAUAUUAUUGUUAUGAGCAAAGAGUCAAGGCUGUGCUAUCAUGGCGUUCCAAAAAUUUUACAAAUGGAUUCGAGGUUUUGGGAUGCACUUACUCAAAAUGAAGUAUGUUGCCCUGUAGAUUACAAAGACACCGUCAAAAUCUGCAAAAGUGAAGAACUUUGGAAACCAUUUGGUGACUACUUAACACAUUCACGUAUAAAUGUAAAUGUGAGGCAGGUUUUAAAAAGGGGCCAAAAGAGACUUAAUAGUGACGGGGACCAUGUUACUUAGUUUUCUUUACUUUUCUCAAAUUGGAAUGGCAACUGUAACGAAUGGAACGAAAUAGAGUGAAAAUGUUGUAUAUGUAUAAAUAAAUUUUGUAUCUUGAUCUUGUUUCGUUAAAUGUAUUUUUUUAUAUGAUAUAAAUGAACCUUUAAAAUGCAUGGUUAUAAAACGCAGGAAGCAGAGAAAAAUAUACAUCCAUUUCCAGAUUUUUAUUUUAAAUCUGUGAUAGUGUCCACCAAACUAUCCAUUCA